UGAAAUUUGAUAUUUUUUACAUUUUAAACAGGACGUUUCCGAAGAGGCUGUCGUUUGUGUCCAUGACGAAGAUUUCAGUGACAGAAGUUCAAUGAGCGAAAGUGAUGAAGGGUGUGAAUGAAUCUGCUUGAAUACCUACGUUUCUCAAUGCUCUUACGCUUUUUUCCCUACUAUUUGUAUAGAGUUUUUGAUGGAUACUACAAGGAAAAUCUAUCACUUCCGCAAUUUAAGAGUGGUAAAGAAGGCCUCUCGCCAGAAGAGAGAGUCAAAGUUUUACUUGUACCCCAUCCUCCUGAGCGAGUAUGUAAGAUUACACCCACCAAUGUAUCAAAUAACGUUACAUUCUUGAUUGACGCCUCUGAAUUUAAAGAAUGGGAUGAUUGGAAAUGUGACGAUAUGGGUGCUUGGAAAAACAAUGGGGUGAAAAAGACUCGAUUUUGUAUUUCUGAGGGAAGGAUAAGCGAAGUAGGUCAAUGUAAAACCAAGAAAAAUGAAGGUUUCUAUACAUUGGUGAGAAUGUAUUACAAAAGCAAGACAUCUCCUGACAUCAAGAAGUACGUGGCAUAUCUAGAAGAAAAUAAAGCAUUAUUAAUGGUUCAGUAUAUCUUCGAUGGAGAAGAACACGAAAUUACGCCCAGUCCUCAUGGUAACUCCCGGCAGAAACAAGCAGGUGGAUAUAUUCGCACAAAACCAAGCAUAUUAAAAAGAGUAAAAGAAGUUGCUGAAACAUCUGGACCUAGAGGAACCUAUCAUCGUGUGAGCGAAGAAAGUGGUGGUUACUUAGGUGCCAGUGCAGCAAGUGACCUUCCCAGAAACAGAACGCAAGCCAAAAAUUGCCGAGCCAAAACAAAGCAAAUCACGAGUAUUAAAAAAGUUGACUCUCUUGCUGUUCUUCUCCUGGAGUGCAAGAGGCAGCAAAAAAGCCAAGGAAAAGAUCCCUUUAUUCGUGACGUAUCAGCUGCUCCUGAACUCAGAUGUGUUCUGUGUUACGAUUGGCAACUUAAUGAGAUCGAGCAAUUCUGCACUGAUCCUCAAAACUUUUUAAUAUUUUCUGCAGAUCCCACAUUCAAUCUAGGAAACUUCAAUUUAACUGUUACGACGUAUCGCAAUUUGAAAGUUGUAACAAGAAGAGAAGGUCAUCAUCCUUUAAUAAUAGGACCUCUUCUAAUUAGCCAAACCAAAACAACCGAAUUGUAUUAUUACUUCUUUGGGAAAUUGACUUCCCUUAAUAAAAACAUAAAAAAACGUUCUUGCCAUUGGGACAGAUGGGGAAGAGGCUUUGAUCAGCGCGAUGAUGAACAGUAUGUGCUAUGCAAUUCACUUACGAUGCUUUGGGCACUUCCGCGAAAACUGUAA